UUCUACAAUGGCUCAAAGGGUCCCUAUGAUGACCCGCGAUCAAAGCUUUCCAAAGAUAUUCUGAACAACUUCCGUGAUUGGCGGCGAUGCAUAUCUGAGGCUUUUUCAGUACUUAAAACCUUUGACGAGUGCGGACUUAAUCAAGUAAACAGAGGCUACGGCUGUGUUUGGCGCACACAGGCCCUUGAUUUAAGUGUCACUCUCACUGAACGCAAGAAGCUGGCUGAGCAGCGUAUCCACGAGGCCUUAGGUUACCUUCGUGCGGCUUUCGAAAAUUCGAAUACAGAGGACAAUGGUGGCAAGGGAAACCCAGAAAGGUUGUUUGACCUAUUGUACCACACUGUCUGCCGACAGCGGCAUUACUAA